UGGGGCUGCGACUCCUGAAGGGUGCAGCGAUUGUUGUUAAUUUAUGGGAGCUGGGCUUACUCGCUGACCGUCGGAUGUCGGGGUGUAGAGAUAUUGCAGUUGCAUGCUCGCUGACGGCCGUCGGAGGUGCUUGAUCUGCAGUUGUGCUGUCCUGUCAUCUGCCAUGAAUCAUGUUGGGGGCAACAACUACACCACAGCGCGAACUCCGGCCGGCUCAUCAAGCAGCAAUGACAGACAACAACGUUUGGCACACCAUCAUUCUCCGUCAAGCACCGGUCACCCUAACCAGCAUGAUACAUCCCCCCUGGACAUGGAGUUGCUGGAGGGUGGCCACCCGCAACAGCCCCAUUGGCAGCACCUUGUUGUACUUCCAGAGAGAAUGGAAAAAGGAGGAGGAGGAGGAGGAGGAGGAGGAGGAGGAGGAGUGGACGUGUUCCCUUGUUGUCUCUGGGGAUUGCCCAAAGUAUGGGUCCUUGCCAUUGGUCUUGUUGUCUUGAUGGUUCAGGUCGGGGUCUGUGUGUUUGCCUUUAGCGGGGCAUGGACGUCACCUGACCUGAGAAAUGGGGGGGAGCCAUAUACUGUUGAUGAGACUCCUCUUGGAGGGAGGGGGUUGUUAGUAGAGGCAGGGAGCGCUGGUGCAGCUGGCGGCGUAGAGUCAUGUCUGGCCGCCUUGCAGCAAAAUGCGGGCAAUCUGUCGUCUGGGGUGGGAGGAGGAGGGGAAUUGGGACUGACGUCAAAUGAUGUGGGUGUGCUGAGGUGUCAUCAUUAUCCAAGUUUCCAUUUCCGUCCUCGAGGGAAGUGGCAGAACGACCCGAAUGGGCCAAUGGUUUAUGGGGGUCUGUAUCACCUCUUUUUCCAGUACAAUCCUUAUGCGGCGGUUUGGGGUAACAUCCAAUGGGGUCAUGCCGUCUCUUCCAAUUUGCUCGACUGGUUGGAGCUUCCGAUAGCUCUUGCCCCUGAUCAAUUGUACAACGAGAAGGGUGUGUACUCAGGCUCGGCGACGAUUCUGGACGACGGCCGGCCAGUACUUCUGUACACAGGGGUGACCGGCACGGGCCUACAGGUGCAAAACAUGGCCGAACCUGCAAAUAUCUCCGACCCCCAACUCCAGAAGUGGGUGAAAAGCAGUUUAAAUCCUCUCAUGUCCGCACCUCCUGGAGUGGACCCCAAAAACUUCAGAGACCCAACAACAGCCUGGAAAUCCGGAAACGACAGCAAAUGGCGCAUAUUGAUAGGUGCAGUGGACCCUUCGUAUUCGGACGGCAGUGCGGAGAUGUUUGUGAGCGCAGACUUUCUCCGCUGGGAAUUUUCUAACCGGCUGCAUGGCAAAGCCGGAACCGGCAUGUGGGAGUGUCCAGACCUACUUGCUCUCCCGGCGAACGGCGGCGGCGGAAGCGGUCAGCCUCAACCACCGGAUGGUAACACACCCCCUCCACGUAAACAUGUUCUCAAGAUCUCCUUGGAUAGGUAUCGUGCCGACUGUUAUGUCGUAGGCACGUACAAUGAGUCGGAUCACAGCUGGGUUCCUGACGAUCCAUCUCUUGACGUUGGUCCGGCAGCGCUGAGGUACGAUUAUGGACAGUUCUACGCUUCAAAGACCUUUUUCGACAGCGCGCACAACCGCACACUGCUCUGGGGCUGGGUACCCGAACUGUCGACGGAGUCCGUGAAUCAAGUAAAAGGAUGGGCCUCCCUUCAGGCUCUGCCAAGAGUGCUCGACUUGGAUCACCAAUUUAAUGACACAAGACUGAUUCAAAUGCCCGUUCCGGAGAUCGAGACCCGGCGAGGAGCGAAUCAUUCUCUGGUCAACGUGACCUUGCUACCUGGUUCUUUGUUGCCUGUAGAAGGACUAACAGGGUCGGAAUUGGACAUGGAGAUCGCGUUCGAGAAACCAAGUAUUGGCAGCCUUGGCCUGAACAUGAGUUCAGGCGCGAACCCGAUGAUGGGCAACGCCACCGAAAGUCCUGUGUUGUGUUGUGAGGGUGCCCACAUGGGAAUGGGAAAGGUUGUCGUGGGACUGUUCGGGUUGCUGGUCCUGACAGACAGCGCAUUAGUGGAGCAGACAUCCAUCUACUUUGAGCUGUCGUACUAUGGAGGAAUGUGGGGAAAGCAGGGGGAAUUGCCAGUAUGCCUCUGUCAUGACCUCAGCAAAUCCUCGCUCUACUCCGCCGCCGGGGUUCGCAAACCUGUGUACAACACGACCGUACCUCUGCUGUCCACCGAGAAUACCCUGACGCUCCGCGUGUUGGUGGACCGGUCCAUAGUUGAAGCCUUUGCUCAAGAGGUGCUGAACUUGAAGGAUGGUGUCGACAAGGACAGCUUUUUCAGGAAGUUGCCGACCGUUGUAGAAACGCUUCCCCAGGGGAUAGCCGUCCGUAAGAUUCUGCCAUUGAUAGCUUCAGCUCUGGAGUUUGGGUCUGCCACCUCGGUCGGGCUCAACUCCCUCCUCAAGAUAGGUUCCUUUCUGUCGCCGGAGGAUUUCAAAGUGAAGGUAAUUCCAAUUAUUACUAAGCUGUUUUCGUCUCAGGACCGCGCAAUACGAAUUGGUUCGUUGCAGCACAUGGACACGUUCGCACCUGCUCUAGCUGCCAAUGUAGUUGACGAGCAGGUUUUCCCCCAGCUAACUUCGGGAUUCUCAGACUCGUCAGCUUUUCUAAGGGAGUUGACGGUGAAAUCGAUGCUAGCAGUGGCACCAAAGUUGUCGCAGAGAAAUCUCACCGGGACGCUAUUGAAGCAUCUUUCCAAACUGCAGGUCGAUGAGGAGGCAGCCAUUCGCACAAACACGACGAUACUGCUGGGAAACAUUGCUAGGUAUCUCAACGAGGCAACGCGGAAACGGGUUCUUGUCAAUGCCUUCACCAGGGCUUUACGGGACCAGUUCAUGGCAUUGAUCGUGACGGCUGAGUGCUACGACGUCGUGGAGGUGGCCACAAGGAUCUUACCAAGCGUUAUCGUUCUGGCUAUGGAUCCUGAUUCAGAUGUGAGAGGCAAGUCAUUCCAGUGCAUCUCCAUGUUUCUAGAGAGGGUGAAGGAGUUCUGGGCAAGGGUUGAGGCUGGAGAUUUGGGCUCCGUGGGCACUUCUGCAGUGCAAUCGUCAUCCUCUGCGCUCAUAGGGUGGGCAGUGAGUUCGUUGAAGUUGGGAGGGGGUUCAACUAAGCCUGCUGCUGCUGAAACGGUCUCGCAGAGUCCAUCUUCGACUGUGCCACCGGUACGGAGGACAGAUGAGAGUGCAGGUCCAGCUCCAUCAUCGGCCACGGCAUUGCAAGUUGCAGAAGGGCCCCGCAUCUCCUUGCAAAUCGCGCCACACACGCCCGAGCCAUCUGGUCAAACGGCGUCGCCAAAAUCCAUGGACGAUGGCUGGGCCACCCCAGAUGAUGCAAUGCCAGAUGAUGGGGAUGACGAUGGGGGAUGGGCUGACCUAGACACACUGGAAGAUCCAGCACCCUCAGCUGUUCCACGUGCUGCUACCCCUCCUCCACCAGCUGCUGCUAGCUCGGCACCACGCUUCUCUCAAAUGCCCCAAAGUAGUAGAGUGAUGUCAUCAACGUCUUCCAAUCCGACACGGAAGGUAGAUGUGGGAGGAACUGGGACAGCUGAGGGAGCAUUGGUUGCUGGGGGGGGCGCAAUGCGGUCACAGGUCUCAGAUGGAGCAAUCAGAAGCACCAGCAGUGGCGGCAUGCCGAGGAAGAAGGACGAGGAAGAAGGACGAGGACGAUGAUGAUCUGUGGGCAGCAAUUGCUGCUCCAAAACCUGUCUCGGCAGUGAAACCGUU